AUGCCUCGGGAACUAUGGGACUUCUCUAAAGAAUGUAUGGAUGUGGUACCAAACUUCAAGCCAUGCUUGGGAUUUAUCCAGGGUCUAUUAGAAGAACCAACUCAUGAAUGUUGCAUGGGUUACCUGGAACUCAAUGAUAUAUCGAAGCAGAAUCAUGCUGCACAAAGGAUCUGUUUUUGCAUUGAGGAGAUCGCGGCAACGGAUGAUCCUCCUUUCCUUGUUUCCAGAAUCAAUGCUAUACUGGACAUCAAAAUUUCUGGUCAGUUAGUACUCCUGGUUUCUUCACAAGCUAUGACUCAGUUGGAUGUGGAUCCCAGUAAACGAAAGGAAAAUGUGAUUUUUGGUAUACCUUCAACAUUUAGUGAAGGUGCCAUGGAUCAUUUAAUUUGCACGGUCAGCUUUUGA